AUUUGAGAUAUACGGAUCGGAGUACCCAAUAUAGGAUUCAGUUUGAAAAACAUGAAAUCCAAAUCUAUGUAAAAAAUAAAUAAUGAAAGAAUGUCCACAAUAUAAUGGUGGACUCGAGAUCAUCGAAGGAGGUGAUACUAGACCAAUGCGUGUGCAAGCAUGGUGUAUGUGGAGGGGUGAGUUUUGUACGGAGUAACGAACAUACACCGAGAUACCAGUUUCACUCCCGUGCUGCAUAAGAUGCUCCCAAUAGCACGACUUUGUUUUGAAGAAUGUAAGAAUUUAUUUUCUUAGUCGAUAUCGUGGUUGAUUUUUUUUUUUUUUUUUAAUUGUUUGUCGUUAUACAUAAAUUUUAGGUUUGUGCAUACGAGGGGCAAUAAUUAUUCCAAAAUAAAUUGGAGGAUGAUCAUUUACCUAAAAAGAGAUUCAUUGCGCACACAUUAAAAUUUAAUAAAUAUUUUAGAGGUUCAAAGUUCAUUUUCCAUGAACUAGGGUAUGCCCGAUUGAUAGUAGAGAAUUCAAGAGUUAUACAGUACACAGUUGAAUGGACCAUGUUCAGGGCUUUUGCUUUUGACAAUUUUGUGAGGACUCAAAGCAACUUCCUCUGCAAAUUAAUCCUCGUAUACUUUUCCUAGCUAGCAGACAUAGCAGUCAUGUAUUUGAGAAUGUGAGACGACGGUAGACUGCCUUACACCCUUACUGGAGUAGCAUAGCGCCAACAGCUUCGAUUUAGCUUAUUAGAAAUUGAGCUCAGGGAGAAGUUGAGAAAUACAUUAGUAUUUACCCUACAUCAAAAGUUAAGUGUGAAGUAUAGAGUAUUAGUUUAUCUUUACAAAAGAAGUCAUCCUUUGUAAUAGAAAAGUCACCUUAAUUAGUUUCACAUAAUCACUGAGGGUUUGCUACAAACUAGAGUCGAUUUCAACUUUUGCUUUCCUGAGAAAAAUCUCGGUCGUCCUUACAACACAAUUGGUCCUAGCUAUCUGAUAAAUUGAUCACAUUAGAGAAAUAUAAGCCUUUUAAUUCUCUUAAGAAAUUAAAAAGGAGUACUCACAUAAUACUAUGAUUAAAAAGAAAAAUCAAGGCCAUUUGAAAUAAUAGUCAACCAUUACAGUAGGACAUCUCCUACUGUCCAUAGCAGGGGGAGAGAGAGAGGAUUAACAGCCAACCAAACAAGUCAAAGUCAAAGUCAAAGUCUACCCUCAAAUCCUUUAAAAAAUCUUGAUUAUAUUUUAAUCACAUAUUUAACAUAAGUAGAUUAAGAAAACUUCAUUGUCAAUCUGUCAUCUUCGUCACUCAAUUUAGCAGAGAGCACCUUCCAACUUGAUUUAAUUUUCCUUGCUAUCUUUUUCCUCUUCUCCAAUAUUUGUUGAUCACCAAAUCAUAUUUAUUUUGAACUAUUAUAUAGUUUUAACAAAAUUAAAGCAUGGGGCUGAAAGUUUUAUCAGCUUUAGACACAGCAAAGACACAAUAUUACCACUUUAAGGCCAUUAUUAUUGCUGGGAUGGGCCUUUUCUCCGAUGCCUAUGAUCUCUUUUGCAUUCCUCCUAUUACCAUCCUCCUUGGCCAUGUCUACUACUCCGAACAGACACCGAAGUUUCAAAUCCCUACUGCUGUCAAAUCCGCCAUGAUAGCUGUUGCUCUCCUUGGCACUGCCCUCGGCCAGCUUGUGUUUGGCAUCCUUGGGGACCGGAUUGGCCGUAGAAAAGUCUACGGCUUGGCUCUUGUCCUCAUGGUUUUAUCUUCCUUUGGGUGUGGUUUCUCUAUUUGUACAUCUAAAUCGUGCGUCCUCCUUAGCUUAGUCUUCUUCAGGUUCCUCCUUGGAGUAGGAAUUGGCGGGGAUUAUCCUCUUUCUGCUACCAUCAUGUCCGAGUUUGCUAACAAGAAGACUCGUGGAGCGUUUAUUGCGGCCGUGUUCUCCAUGCAGGGGUUUGGGAUAUUGUUUAGCUCCAUUGUGAUAAUGACUGUCUGCGCUAUCUUUAACCAGGCCACUAACGCCUCGAAAGAUCAUAAGUCGCAUGCUUUGGCGGUUGAUUUGGCAUGGCGGAUCAUACUUAUGUUUGGUGCCAUCCCUGCUGCCAUAACUUUCUAUUGGCGUAUGAUGAUGCCUGAAACCGCCAGGUACACAGCCUUGGUGGAGCGCAAUGUGGUACAAGCAGCAAAGGACAUGGAGAAGGUCCUGGAUGUCCAAAUGAACCAAAUACUCGAUGAGGCUACACCCCCUCCCUCGUCGUCUCUGGAACCUCCCUCAACUUAUUCGUUUUUCUCUAAGCAAUUUUUUCACCUUCAUGGCCACCAUCUAUUCUCCUGUGCUGCCACAUGGUUCCUACUAGACAUAGUCUUCUACAGCAGCACCCUCUUCCAGUCUCGUAUAUACAAGUCCUUCCUUCCAAGGGACGAAAACAAGAUAAAUGCUUUUCAAGACGCAUACAAUGUAGCCAGGCUUCAGGCGAUCAUUACAGUAUGCUCGGUGAUUCCUGGGUACUGGGCUACUGUCUUUUUUAUUGAUCGAAUUGGGAGAAGGAUGAUCCAAAUGACGGGUUUCAUUUUUAUUGCUAUAUUCUUAUUUGCCAUUGGAGUGCCUUAUAAUGUUCUUUUGAAUGGUGGUAAAAUAGGUUUCAUGUUCCUCUAUGGCUUUGUAUUCUUCUUCUCCAACUUCGGCCCAAAUACCACCACUUUCAUUGUUCCUGCUGAGCUUUUUCCUGCAAGGUUUCGGGCAACAUGCCAUGGGUUUUCUGGGGCUGCUGGAAAAGUGGGUGCGAUUAUUGGCUCAGUUGCAUUUUUGUGGGUAUCUGAAGAUGAAGACAAGGAGAAAGGCAACAAAGGGACUGGAAAGAUUGGUUGUUCGUUGAUCAUUUUGGGUGUGAUUUCUCUUGUUGGAGCUGUAGUGACUUAUUUCUUCACUCCUGAGACUAAAGAUAGGUCGUUGGAAGAGAACGAAAUAGAAAAUAGCUUGAAUGAGAUCAACAAAUUGGUUAGACCUCGCGAUGAGUCUGGUGCUCAAAUACACGCUCCUAACCAAGUUCUACUUCCUGCUUAGUUAUUGAUUCGAGUCUAGUAGUGCUUAGCUUUCUCCAUUAGGAGCUUAUUAUAUUUUAUUUUAUUUUUUAGAUAGGAAAUAUGAAUAAUCAAGAGAACUAUUACAAUUCAUGUUAUUCAUAUAUAUUUAGCGAUUUGGUGAUGAUAUCUCAUUUUGAUGCAUAGUCUCAUAUAAUACAACCAUCGAACAAAUUAGAACUGAAUGGAUCGGAUAUGCAAUGAAGAUGAUACAACAGCAAAGUAUACA